UAAUCGCUACGCAGCAGAUAUUGUUGUUUGUUAUUUCGCGUUUUGUGUACAAUCAACAGACGUGUCAAUUGUUUGAUUAGGUUGCGACAGAGCCCAACGACGCAAAACAGCUGGCACAUGCGCGAAAAUACACAGAAAUUCCAGUAAAGAGCAAAACGCUGAAAUCAACCACCUAUUAAAGCAACGUCGACACCAACGAAGAUUUUCCACUCGGAGCAUCACCGUUCUGGAGCACUGUCCACUUCUGCGUAUGUGUGUGUGUGCGAGAAAGAGAACUCAGCCCACAACGGUAUUUGAGCAAAGAAAAUUCCGUUGUUCCGUCAGUUUUCAGAGGACCUUCGACACAGGCAGCCGAAAAUUCAAGUUUUGCUAGUUUUACCAGACAAGACAAGAAAAAAUAAAGAAAAAAAGAAAUAUAAACUCCAUUUAAAGUGCGUGCUAACAUAAUUAACUGUAAAAACGCAAAGAAUUUACAUAACUAACACCGUUGAAAGUGAAACUACAUUGGUGCAAAAGAAAAAAACGUAACGAAAAGAAAAGAAAAACCUAUUACAAAAUUCCUGCCAAGUGUAAUAAAAGUUAAGCAGAGGAAGGAGACAGCAGUAGCAGCGACGUUUGCAGAACACGACCAGAGACCAGAGAGAGAGAGAGAGAGUCAACGAAAGAGCGAACGAGAGCGAGAGUGAGAGCACAAAGAGUGGGAGCAAGAGAGCGCAACUACAAAAGUAACAACACCCCACAAAACAAACGCGCACACCGCCCCCCACCCGCACCCAGCCUCCCCUUUUGCGCACAUCUGCACACGUUUCGGCUUUCGUCUCUGCGUCGUGUGUUUUGUGUUCGUGUUCGUCGCAUUCGUUUUGUGUAUACACGACGACGACGACAACGAGAACGACGCCAGGCUAAUCCUUUCAAGCGUUGCGCACCAGAAGAACAAGAGCAAGAGAAACAACAAGAGCAACAGAAACAACAACAAUAAAAUAAGGCAAACAUGUUUUCGGGUCUAACAAAUCAAUUCACGUCGCUUGUGGGCGCCGUCAAGGGCGGCGCUGGCGACGAGGAUGUGCCAGCGCCCACAGGCGAUGCUGCUGCUGCUGCCGCCGCAGCGACAUCAACAGCCGAUGCGGUGGCCACAACAGCGGAACAGGAUGCUGCUGCUGCAGCUGCUGCCGCUGCCGCUGCCGGCGGCGAGCAAGCGCUCGAGGGCGAAGAGGCUGCCAAAAGCAUUCCCAAAUCAGUUUCCAUGGUAGAUUCAUUAGUCAACGAAGCCACUGGCUGGCUGGGCAGCGCAAAGGGCUGGUUGGGCAAUGCCUCGAUACCAUCGAUGCCGGCAAUGGCAAUGCCAUCGAUGCCAUCGAUGCCGGCAAUGCCGUCGAUACCAUCGAUUCCUGGACUUCGCAAGAGUGGCGCUGCCGAAGGAGCUGAGGGUGCUGAAGGCGCUACCGAUCUUAGCGCUGCGGGUGCUGUGAGUGGUGGCGAUGAUGACGACAAGUCGAGGUAUAUUAGUGCUACAGAGGGCGCUGAUUCGCAUCCAGCAUCGGGCGGCGGCACACCCACUGGCGAUGAGGGCCAAAUUGGACAGGGUAAGGGCGAUGAAGUGAAAAUUACCACAAAAGUAACACAACAGGCCAAACACUUUGGCUCAUUCUUGUCAUCGGCCAUCAGCAAGGCUGGCAGCAAGAUCAAGGAAACAGUCAAGGAUAAUACCAUACUCGACUCGUUCAACAAGGAGCAGGAGGCGUUUAUCAAGGGUCAAGGUGGUGCUGGCAAUGGCGCCGCUCCCUGGGUCGCUCAUGCCAAUGAGUCAAAGAUCAAGGAGGAAAUAUUGGGCUUGUCACAGGAUCGUCGCAACUUUGUGCGCGCACCACCAGCUGGCGUGGACUUUGAGUUUAACUAUGACACCGCAUAUCCCACUGCCAUAGCCAUUAUGGCCGAGGAUAAGGCGCUCGAGACGAUGCGCUUCGAAUUGGUGCCCAAGAUCAUUACUGAGGAGAACUUCUGGCGGAAUUAUUUCUACCGUGUCUCACUGAUCAUUCAGGCCGCCGAGCUGGGCACUUUGGGCGCUGAUGGCGUGGGCCAGGCUUCCAGCGGUGAAGAUGCCGAACAGCUGCCAGUUAAAGAAAAUGUUGAUAAAACUGCCAGUCCAGCUAAAAAUGCGACAGGCUCCGACUCCUCCUCCCCAACGGUAGGCGCAGGAGCAGUUGGAGCAGGAGCAGCAGCUAAUGGCGCUGUCUCCGAGCAACCGAAGCCUGCCAUUGAGAUUGAGGCGGCCAAAGAACUUAAGGCCAGCAACAAGAAAGAAUUGACCCAAAAAAUCUCCGAGUCCGAGUUCGUUUCGGACGAAUUUCAAACAUCCAAUGAUACCGAUUUGGCCGAAAUCAAAGAUGGCAUGCGCAAACUGGGCAUUGAUAGCAUGACCCAGCAGGCGCUCGCCAGCACCGAUGAGGAACAAUGGGAAAAGGACUUGGAAGCUGAACUUAAGGAUUACGAGGUUGUCGACGAUGGAGGCACGGGCAGUGGUCGCAGAAAACACGGCGAUGUGGAUGGCGAUGACGUGGACAAGGAGGAGGAGGAGGAAGAGGAACCGACAAUAUCUAAUUUGCGCACACGUUCGUCUAACAACGAUUGGGAGGAGUAUGCCGAUUUAAUUGAGGAUACCGAUGAUUUAAAGUAAUUAAGAGCUUAUAUCGUAGUUUCUUCUAAGUUGAUUCUAAGUUUAUAACUUAACGUUUCUUUCCUUUCCUUUCUACUCCUUGUUUUUCUUUUUACUACUUACUUACAAACAUUUUGUAUUACUCUCACUAUUGUUAUGAAACCAAACCGAAUCCAAUCCGCAACCAACUAAUUGCCGCAUGCAUCAACAGAACUUUGAAGUGCCUAAAGCGCACCAUGUUGGGCUAUCUAUGAGACGAGGCAUUCUUUACGCUCCUCCUCUAGUGUUGGCGUAAGACUAACGUCAAUGUAAAUAGAGUUUGCCUCGGAUCCUAUUGGAAAAGUUGGUUGAGAACUGGCCAUUGGCAGUGCUUAAGCUUCAUGCAAAGCAAACUAUUUUAUUCAGUUACCUUAAAAGAUGAUAUAAGACACUAAGCCCAAGUACUUUAUGUAUUGAUUCAAACCUUAUGGCAAAAUUUAAAAAUUCAAUCAAUCCGAUGCGACAUAUUCUCUUUUUGGUUUUUGUGCCACACUCACAUGUGUGGUGACGAGAUGACAGACAAAUCGAUUAGCUUAAUGGGAACUUUCGCCAAUUGUUCAGCACACGAAAAAUGGCAAACAGUUAACUAUAAAUACCAAUAAAUACAUACAUACAUACAU